AGAGGAACAAAGGAGUCCAUCCUGCACCAGAAUAUGCACUGGCAAAAAUCUUCGGCCCCUGAACAGCCACCUCCACCGCCGCGCCCCUACCAGGGUGUUCGUGUCAAGGAGCCGGUGAAGGAGCUGUUGAAGAGGAAGCGAGGCACCAUCCAGAAUGCAAACGCAGCUGCUGCGGCGACUACGGUGUUUUUGCCCCAUCAGUCUCUCCCGUCUUAUUCACCCACCGGCCAGCUCUGCGCCGAGUCGGACCUGGUCGCCUCUCCGGUGCCGCUGGUGGAUGAAGGGUCGCUCUAUUCGGGCUGGCUGGCACAACCUUCCCCGUCCUCGCUGCAGCCUUUGACCCAGUGGACCACCUACCCAGAUUAUGUGUCGCACGAAGCUGUCACCUGUCCGUACACAGCAGACAUGUAUGUGCAGCCCAUGUGCCCCAGCUACACGCUAGUCGGGACAUCUUCAGUGCUGACCUAUGCGUCGCAGCCGCUGAUCACCAAUUUCACGGCGAGAUCCACCUCCGCGCCAGCCGUGCUGCCGCACCUGGACAUGAUGGACCAGCAGACUCCUCUCAGCUACUUCCCUUGGACUCAGCCGCUCUCCACUCUGCCUGCACCUUCCCUGCAGUACCAGCCCGCCUCAGCGGCCAUCCAUGCGCCUCAGUUCGUCCCCGUCCCCGUUUCGGUCCUGGAUCCCGUCCCCCAGGAACUGGAGGACACGAGGAAGGAGAUGGGCCCUUUGACCAUUGAGAAGCUGCUGCUGCAGGAGGAGAAUAACGAUGGUUAUGAUUUAAACAACAGCCUCCCCGUCGAAGGGCUUUAAGGCACAGGGCUUCAGCCAAGAGGGAUGGCGGGACGCUUCUCAAACCUCCCCGGUUCAAAAGUCAUUCAGUUCUCUCCUACGCACAUGGGGUGUUUCCAGAUGAGGGUUUUAUUGUGCCAUCGCCCUGCCUCGUGGUGAUGAGGACCCAGGCAAUUAUGCUUCUCAUGGGUAGCCCUCCUGCGCUCUCCCACCGCUCCACCUGUCCUUUUUCUUCCUUCACAAAAGCCGUUAAAGAUGAAAAUGCGGAAGAGCUGCAUGAGGGCCUUUGUUUGGUUGGGCUUACAGCGGCCUCUCUCUCUCUCUGGAAGCAUCUCGGACAUGGAAUCGGGGUUUGAGGCAUUGCAGGGAAAAGCCAGUGUCUUCAUGCACCCCUUUUGGCACCUCGGUUCAGCCAAUGAAACUGCAGUCCCUGGUUUAUCCCUGCUAAAUCAGGAACACUGCAUGCACACCUGCAGGGCCCACUGGGCCCUUCCAUCUAAAUGGGGAAUUGGGAAGGAAGAUGGGAAGAAUGAGAAGACCCUGUACUGUCUCCUUUCCAAGGGCAGAGCCAAGCCAGCCCUGUAGCCGCCGGCCAGAACCUUCAGAAUGUGGACAGCAGGUAGUUAUGGCUGGGCUAUUCAAGCAGCAUAGCCAAGAGAGGGCGCCAGGUUGGGGAAAAGCGAGUUAAAUUAUUUUCACCCUUGGGGCUCCUGAAAAUCUUGCUUAAAAUGCCACAUCAUUCUAAUAUAUUUUGACCUUUGAAAAGAUAUUGAAGUUCUCAUUUGAUUCUGCGUUUUUUACAAGAAGGAAGGGAGGAAGGAAGGACGGAAGGAAGGAAGAAAUGCUUUCAUGUUUCAAUGUUGUGCCUAUCUUAUGUGUUUUAU